AUGCCAUCUGCAAUAGUUGAUAGACAGUUUAAUAUGAACACUUCAUGGAGACCACCACCUUAUAAUGGUUUGUUUUUUAGCUUUCUCUACAAAGAGAAAUUAUCAAAAUCAUUGAGUUUCAGAGAUUAUCCCCGAUAGAAAUGAUGAAAUCAAUGAAUGGACCACAUCCGCCUCUCGACGACAUCCAAAAAGGCCUGAUCCAAACGCGGAUGGAGCUUAUGAAGGUGGCCCGAUGAAUAUGCGCGGUUAUCUGUAUUAUCCAAAAACCAAAAAAUACUUCAAAAUGACGAAUGAACUUUCGGGAAUUCGGAAUGGCGCCUCAUUCAAUGCAAAUAGUGUGCAGGAGCGAAGGAAUCAACAACGAGAUGAGAAAUUCGCCACAAAUCGACCGAGAUUCAUUUCUGGAUCGUUUAUACAACGACCGGUUAUCAAACCGAUGCAUAGUUUGAUGGCAGGUUAGACAACAUUUGAUUUGAGAUGAGAAAAAUUGAAUUAUGAUUGGUUUUUAGGUCUGGAACUCGGUGGGUCUCGUAUUCCUCAAAUUCAACGUCAAAUCGAUGAGAUGCGAUUAUUGAAUCAUACACCAAGACCAAGUUUCGUAUUGAAAGUGAGUUGAGAUAUGAUUCUGCGGGUAGAGGGAAGAUCGCGUGGCAGAGUUGGCCGGAUUUUUUGAGCUGGAUAACCCGAAAGCACCCAAAAAUUCUGCAAUUUGCCACGGGAUAUCUUAUUUCGAACCUUGUUUCAAUUUUUAAAACCUCGUAUUUUUCCAGAAUCCCAUCAAAGAAUCUGGAGAUGUGAUUGGUUGCGAGUUUCUUGAAGUCAAUGAAGAAGGAAAUCGGAUAAUUGGUAUAUUCCUCAUCUUCUUUCUAAUAAUCACCUCGAUUUCUCUUUUUUUCAGGCAGUUUUCCAAUCGGCGAUCCAUACAGUGGAAUGUCGAAACGACAAUAUUCAUCGGUUUAUGUGUUCAACGUGGAUACAAAUGAAAAAUUGGCAGAGUAAGCUUAUUUAUUAUACUAUUUUAUUUAGAUUUAAUUGAAAUCCAUUUAUUUUGUUCAUUUUUCAGCGAAGAAUGUCGAAAGAAAUCAAGAGGAGAUUGCAAUUCGAAUGGCUAUAAUACAAUGGGUUCGUGUUUUUUGAAAAGAGAAGGGUCAUGUGUUUUUUUUUGUUAUCAGUUGUUUUUACACAUAUUUUUUGAUAAGAGAAAAAAACGAAGAGUAAGGGAAUUUUCGAGUUUUGAUUUUUUCUUGGUGGGAAAACAGGAAAUUUUUGAAAGCGUUAAAAACUUCUCACAAGGGAAAUUCAUGCAUGAGGUCCCGGAGUCAGCUUUUGAAACGACCAAUUUUUGACUUCAGGACCGUGAUUUGUGUGGUCGAUUCAGUAAAUUUCACUAUUUUUUAUCAAAAGUUCAUUCCGGGACCUCGUGAAUGAGUUUUUGGUACAAAAAUGUCUGAACCAUCUCCUACACCUUAAACUGUAUUAUAUUUGUAGGUCUCGUCAUCCAACCUGUAAAUACUCAAAGAAUCAACCAUAAUAAUAGAAAUUAUGCAGCAUUUCAAUUUGAAGAUUUCAUUGUCGAUCAAACGCUUGCAAAAAUAGACAAAGAUGUGACUUGUUUGUUGACUGUGACAGCACAAGAUAUAAUGGAUCCAAUAACGAAUGCUGUUACUUCACAAUCAAAUUUUCAUGCUAAUCCACUUGUUGAUAUUAGUAAUCCAAACUGGUGCGUAUUUUUUUUUGAAAUUGGAAAAUUUAGAGAAGUUAGGCUUCGGAACUCUUUGUAACUUUGGAAUAGGAUUUUUGAAAUAAUCCAACAAGUUUCCCCCAUAAAUUUCACCAUUUAUUUUUUUGCAGCCUAUUCAGCACAUUAUCUAAAUCAUGCCCAAUUUAUAAUACUCGCUGGCGAAACACCGGCCAAAUUUGGAGUCUUGGAUUCAACGAAAAAAUGAUGGGAGUCAGUUUUGGUUUGGAGGAUCAUUUUCGGAUUCAUGAUAUUGUUGCGGAUAAAGGAUUUAGUAUUUCGAGCAAAAAGAAAAAUGUCAUUUCACAUGAUUAUUCUGCAGAUGGAAAUUUGGUGAUAAUGGGAUUGAGAAGCGAUGAUUUGAUAAGAUCUGAUUUGCGAUUGAGAAGUCAUCAUAUUACUGGAUCAUUGAGAGGAACAAGAUCGACGUCGUUUGUUAAAAUGUUGAAAACAGCACAUCCUGAUUGUUUUGUUGCUGAAGGUUUUGAUAAUCGGGUUAGUUUUAUUUUAUUUUUUAAUUUUAGAUUGAAAUUGAAAAUUAAAUGAUUAUUGCAGGCUGGAUUAUGGGAUCUUCGUUUCACAAAUCGUCCGCUUUUAUCAUUCAAAGGACAUCGAAAUCAACAUUAUCGAAUGUCGUGUUUUGUUGAUCCGAAGGAGCGAUUCUUCUUUGCUGGUAAGUUUUUUAGUGGUUUGGAAAUUGGUUAGGAGCAGAUAAAUUCCCGCUCGCAACUCGGUUAGAAAAAAAAAAUCAAUUUUCAUGUUUUUUCUCACUGUUUCAAUUAUUAUUGAAAUUUCUGGUUUGAAAAUUCAACUGUUAAAGAACUAGGUUUUCAUCCAAUCUUUAUAAAUUAACUCUAAAAAAUGACAAAAAUUAAUUUGAAAGUAAUCGAAAAAUAAGAUUUGGAAAUGAAAAAGUGAAAAAAAAAUGAAAAAUUUUAAUUGAACUCUUCUGUUUCCAAGUUAAUUUUCAAUAUAUUAAAAUGUUUCAAAAAAUCUAAUUCAACCCCUCCCAUUCAAAAAUCACCUAUAUAUUUUUUGCAGUUGGCGAUGAUGGUGUAACUCGCGGUUGGUCUCUGAUGUCUGGUGAUAUGCUGUGCUCAAUUCGAUCUCCUCGCCCCGAAACCUUUCAACAAAUCGAUUUUCCACGUGUCGUUUAUUCGGAUUCUUGGGGUGGAAAAGCUGGCAAUUCAGCUGUUGUUGUUGCUGUUGGUGACUCGAUUCGUGUACAUCAAUUGGAUUUGUAAAAAUAAAAAUAACAAGUGAGUUUUCUUUUCGAAAAAAUUUUGAAAUUCAAAAUAACAUUUUUCAGAUUUUCUUCACAAAUUUUAUAUUCUACUGGUAAUCAAAUAAAUAAAAAAUAA